UUAUAAACAGCCUCCCCUCCCCCUGCUUGUGCGUGCUCCUUGGGAGCGCACAGCACCGCGAUACGGAUUCCACUUUGUCUUGCUUAGUAGUAAGCAAGAUGUCACUUCCUGACAUCAUUGCUUACUACGUGUGAAAUCUGUGAAUGAUCACAGAGGUCACAUGGUACAGGGCUAUUCACAACAGCCUUGUACCAUCCAUUCAGAAAUACUGUGAGAGCUGUGAUUGGUCACAGCUUGUCACAUGGUACAAUGGCCCUGUACCAUGUGAUCUCUGUGAUCAUUCACAG